AGCAUGAAAUAUGGCUGGAAAAUAAUAGUGGGCACCAUAGUUGGAUUCCUAGGAUCAGCAUUUGGGAAUGUGGGAGGUGUUGGUGGGGGUGGCAUCUUUGUGCCUAUGCUCACCCUCAUUAUUGGAUUUGAUGCAAAAUCUGCAAUAGCAAUAUCAAAAUGCAUGAUUACGGGUGGAGCAACAGCAACUGUUUUCUACAAUUUGAGGCAGAGACACCCCACCCUUGAUUUGCCUGUGAUUGACUAUGACUUAGCACUUCUUUUCCAACCAAUGUUGAUGCUUGGAAUCAGUAUUGGUGUUUCUUUCAAUGUGAUUUUUCCUGACUGGAUGUUAACAACUUUGUUAAUAAUAUCUUUCACCGGCAUUUCGGUCAAAUCCUUCUUUAAGGGUGUUGACACAUGGAAACAAGAAACCCUUAUGAUGAAGGAAGCUAGCAAGAAUUCACGGACUGAUGGCAGGGGUGGAUCCACAUGUAUAGCAACAAGUCUAAAGGUAUUAUUCAAAAAAAGAAAAAUUAAGUCUAAAAGUAUCAUGCAGGUUUCUGUCAUUGACAAUGUUCAUUGGAAGGAACUUGGACUUCUUUUCGCGGUCUGGAUCAUGAUACUUGCAUUAGAGAUUGGAAAAAAUUACACAACAACUUGCUCUGGAGUAUAUUGGGUAAUCAAUCUACUGCAGGUCCCCAUAGCUGUAGGAAUGAGUUCAUACCAGGCUAUGCGUCUAUACAAAGGGCAGAGAAUCAUAGCAUCAAAGGGAGAUCAACAAACACAUUGGCGAGUGUUGCAGUUAAUUGUAUUUUGUGCUUGUGGCAUACUUGCCGGCACGAUUGCAGGCUUGUUAGGCCUUGGUGGAGGAUUCAUCUUGGCACCCCUCUUCCUUGGACUAGGAAUCCCUCCUCAGGUGGCUAGUGCAACAUCCAUUUUGGCAAUGGCAUUUUCUGCAUCAUUCUUCUUUCUUAUGGAAGCAAUAUAUUAUGGACUUUUUGAUGAUUUGGAUGAUCUUGCAGCUCUUUACUUUGUAGCUGUAGCCACUGCUGCUGCACUUGUUGGGCAGCAUUUGGUGAGAAAGGUUAUUGCCAUGUUGGGGAGAGCAUCUGUGAUCAUUUUCAUCCUAACCCUCACACUUUGUGUUAGUGCAGUUUUACUAGGUGGAGUAGGCGUUGCAAACAUGAUCAAAAGGAUUGAAAAUAAGGAGUACAUGGGGUUUGGAAACCUUUGCACGUACAAGGUUAAAGAAUAAAGUUCAUGAUGCCUAAUAUUUAAGGCCAGGGCUCUUUACUUAUAGUUUUGUAUGUAAUACCAACGGAUCAAAUCUAAGUUCUCGUGUAUAUGCUUUAACCCUUAACUAUUAGGCCCAUUCUAAUGAAUAUA